UUUUUGGCGCGUUUCAAGUUCUUAACUUACGGUUAUUUCCUGCCUGACUGUUCCUUGAAAAAUACUCUCCAGAAUUUAGUUUCCUUUAAAAAUACAUUUUUUGUUUGUGAAUAAAAACUCAUGAUUAGGUGCAAUUUGUAAAAUUUUACAGCAAUAUAAAAAUAUGGCUGGAGUUUGGACACAGAAAUUGAAUUCUCUACAAGCAGGCACUCAAAAUUCGAUUAUAAUUGGAAUAAUAAUUCACAGUGUCAAUCCAAAAAUUUUUGAACAUGAUAAUGCAAAGUUCAAUGACAUUAAACGUGCUGUCUGGACUUUUACAAUGCGUGAUUCGCCAGAUGAUUUUAUCAAUGUUACUGUUUGGGGCAGCUCAGAAUAUGUUAAUUCUCUUUUCAAUAAAUUCCAGAUUGGUUCUGUUGUUGAAAUUAUAAGUGGCAAAGUGACUGGUCGAAGUGAUGAUGAUCCAAGUGAAUCAUUUGUUCCUACUGUAACUUGUCAAUUGAAGAUAACAGUAAACGAAGGCAACGCAUUGAUGCAAAGUCACGAUUCAGAAGACAAAGCUCUGUUGAAACCGUUGUUAAAAUUGCCCACAAAGUCAAUAGAUACGUUAAGAAGUUUAAAUUUUGCUCUAGAGCAUUUGGAAGAGUUAAAAGACAAAUUUAUCGAUCUCCUCGUCAUUGUCACCUUCAUUGGUGAAAUUCGUGAAAUAAUUAGUCGAGAUGGUCGACAAUUUAAGUGUCGCUCCUUUGAAAUAACCGAUGCAUCAACAAAUAAAACAAUUUUACUUCAGCUUUGGGAUUCAGAAUGGAUAAGAUUAUCGGAACUUUGGGAACCUCGCAGAACAGUUUUAUUUUUGGCCGAUAUUCGUAUUGGAUACAAUAAUUUCAAAAAACGUAUCGACUUGUCCAUAGCUAGAAAAACAUUGAUCACUGAAAAUCCUAACAUUUCACAAGCAAUGGAUUUACGACUUGCAAUUUCGAAUAGGCCGGAGUAUACGCCAACGGAUCCUUUCUCUAUUCCGAACUUGAAGAACAUUACGUCUGUUAUGACUGUGCAAGAGAUUACUCAGAAAUUGAACUCAACUCCAAGUGAAGCUUGUGACAGAAUUCAGUUCUUCGUUAUUCUUUAUGCAAAGAUAACUGAAGUUAAUUUGGACAACAAAGAUGCCAAUGUUCUAAUAACAAAGUGUGCUCUUUGUAAAAAAUUAGUACAAAAAGAUAACGAUUCGUGUAUGAAUUUGGAAUGUCCUUCUGGAAAUGGAAGUCAAAAACCUUAUAAUCUUGUCAGUUUCAAUGUGAAAUUAAAUCUCAAAGAUGAUACUGGAUAUCUCAUUGGAUGUAGAAUUAUGGGGAAUGCAGCAGAACAAACUUUAGGCUGCACUGCUGCAAAUUUUCAAGAAUUUAAAGAUGAACAACGUUUGGAGUUGAAAUGGCAAUUUCUUUUAGCUAAAUUUGCUGUUAGAAUGCAAAUUUUAGGCCCAACAUCAACAAUGAAUCGAGCAGUUUACAACAUUUUGUCAAUGACGCGCAUUGACGCUGCUGAAAAUUAAUUUUUCGAUAACCGACUGAAACAGAAGGCAUUAAUUUCAAAGAUAAGAAACUUACUUUAGUUUCAUUUUAUUGUUUAAAAAUUGUACAAAUCUGUUUUUUAUUUUUAGGAUUAAUUUCAGUUGGAAUACUCAAUGUAGCUUUAUUUAAAAAUCGAAUAUUUAAUAUAUGAUUUUAAUAUAAAUGAAAAAUUACUCGAUAAAAGUAAAUAAGUAAAUUAGAUAAUUUAAUUGUAAAUAUUUUCGAGUCAAAUUAAGAAUAAUAUUCGUCUUCUUCAAUGUUUUAAAAACUAUUUCUUGUUGAAGGAUAAUUUUUUUAUUUCAAUUCUACAAUAUCUUAUCUUUAAAAAGAUAAGUUUUUCCUAAUACGAUAAUUGGUAAUAAAUUUGAUUAAUAAUUUGUCUCUACAAUAAAAUAUUUUCGUUUCUAAUUUGUUCCAUAAAGGGGAACGGCAGUUUUAUAUUUAAAAAGAACUUUUCAUAAAAAAAUUUCAUAAUUUUAUUGUAAUUGUUACAAUUACAAUGGUGUACAACUCUAGAUAAUAAAAAUGAUCUCAUUAUUUCUAAUGUAUAAA